GUUAAGUGAAAAGAAUCAAAGUUCUAUAUAUUGUUAUUAAAAAGGCCCUCUCCUCCCAUUAAAAUCACAUAGAAAGCCAAGCACUGCAAAAAUUCUCUACCUACUAAAGUCUUUCACCAAAUAAUAUAUUUCGAUAAAAAUUUUCUUACACUGUAUGAAAUGAAAGUUUCCUUGUAUCAACAACAAAUGAAGGUUUGGGUUGUGUUGGCAGUAUGGGUUUGUUGGAUAUCCAUGGUUCAACCACAGUGCUGCAUCGCUGCGACAGGAAAUGAACACAAGCUCACGGUUUACACGGUGAGAUUCACCACUAAGGGUGCCACCAGGAACUCGUAUCUGAUGUUUAUGAAGGAUUUAUACAAUGCAUUGACAGAUCGUGCAGAUAGAAGCGGGGACAUACCAGUUUUGCCUCCCAGAUCUACGCAGCCUACUGAUCCCCAACAAUAUCUUUAUGUGGAACUCUCAAAUGGGUACCAAACCGUCACAUUAGCUUUGAAUGUCAGUGAUGUGUAUAUCUUGGGUUAUCAAGCAGGUGGAAGUGGAAGCUCCUACUUCUUUAGCGAUGUUCCCACUGAUGCACGUAAUGCUCUUUUCCCAAACACUCAGAGAGAGUCUCUUCCAUAUACUGGCAGAUAUGGGGCACUUGAAGCUGCUGCAGGAGUGGGUGAUAGAAGGGAAAUCCCUCUGGGAAUUGAUGAACUACGCCAACAUAUUGAGAACAUGAAUUAUCUUCAACCCAGUUCUUCUCGUGGCCCCAUCGCUAGAGCCCUUAUAGUUUGUAUCCAGAUGGUUUCAGAAGCUGUGCGAUUGAGAAACAUCCAGCAAGAAAUACUUGCAGUUGCGGAGCCUCGUGCAGAUGGAACUUAUGGAGUGUUUUAUCCAGAUGGUUUAGUGACGGAGUAUGAAACUAGCUGGGAAGACAUCUCCUCUGCCAUCCAAUCUGCAACAGAUGGAAUCUUCACAACAGCGGUCCGUUUAGUAUAUGAUGGUCAAGAAUUGGUUUUGAGCACCUUGAGACAAGUGCUUUUCAUUAUUGCAAUAAUGCCAUUAAGAUGCAGAAACACAAGAGCAAAUCUGCAGCUUUUGGAAAUGCCAGCAUCGAUAUCAUCAUAUGAGUUUUCUUCUUUGUUACCUAUGGCUAUGAGAUCCAUUGGCCUGGAAGACAACGGUGACACUUGUGAAAGAGCUUUAGCGCCAACCUCGAAUAUUAUUGGACAGAAUGGUCUGUGUGUUGAUGUAUACGAGGGAAGCUACCACAAUGGGAACAAAAUAAUCUUAUGGCAAUGUGGACAAAAUCAGGCCAAUCAAUUAUGGACGUUGAGAACAGAUGAUAACACAAUUCGAUCUGGUGGAAAAUGCUUAACCACUUAUGGAUACAGCUCCGGAAGCUAUGUGAUGAUCUAUGAUUGUGACACGGCUGUCUCUGAUGCCACCAAAUGGAAAAUCUGGAGCGACGGAAGCAUAAGAAAUCCCAGAUCUGGGCUAGUCUUGACGGGAAGUAAGGAUAGCUCAGGCAUGAUUAAUCUGGUUGUAGAUAACAUCUUUUUUGGUUCUAGGCAAGUUUGGUAUGCCAGUAAUAAUACGAAGCCAUCAGUGACCACCAUUGUUGGUUAUAAUGGUCUGUGCUUGCUAGCAAGUGGAAGUCAGGUGUGGCUGGAGAAAUGUGUGAGUAAAGAUGCUGAACAACAGUGGGCAAUAUAUCCAGACGAGACCAUCAGGCCUCAGAAAAAUCGUGAUGGGUGUCUCAAAUAUGCAAAUGCAGGUGGGGACUUAGUUACUGUGGGAACGUGCGAUGGAUGGAUUGAGGAACGGUGGCGAUUUCGGAGUGAUGGCACCAUUUUGCAUGUGGUGACUGAACAGGUGAUGGAUGUGAAAGAUACCAGUGCCACCCUUCCUGACAUUACGAUCAAUGAUUACAGCAAUCAACGAGCAAGCCAAAUUUGGUUUCAGGUGCCGCUGCGAAAAUGAAAGCAUUACUAGCAUAUGCAUGCCCUAGCAUCUUUAGUUGUAUUGAAUCAAUAAAUGCUGAAAUAAAAGUAACCCUUAUGCCCUUUCACCUUCACUGCAAAGCACCACAAACUACUCCAGGUCUUAUCAUGAUCUACAGUUUUAUGAAUGAUCUGUCAAUCACAAACUU